ACCGUCUUUGUCGUUACCGUCUGCCACCCAAUCCUGCUGCUGUCUACUGACGUAAAUUUUGCGUCGAUCCCCAGUUUAACUGAAUUCAAACUUGUACCCAGACUAGUUUCUACGAUGUGUGCAAGAACAUCGCUGUGGAGAGCCUGUGAACAGUUUAAGCAGACGCUGAAUGUCACAUGCCGCCGCCAGCUCACCUAAGCUAGUUGUUGCCCUUUCUACUGGAACGGUUUCACCUGCUCUCUGACCCCAAGAGGAACGUUGGCAGUCGGAGCGGACGUUGACGUUGUGUGAAUGUGCAGCACGUACAAUUGACAGCCAUCAUGUCAGGUUCAACACAGGGCAACCUGCAGGGUCUGGAUGAGGGGGAUAUUCUUGACCCAGAGUUUCAGCAGCGUUUGGAAGACGCUCGUACUCUGCUCAGGCAGGAGAUCCAGCGAGAGCUGAAGAUCAAGGAAGCAGCUGAGAGGCUGCGACGCGCUGUCACUAAUCGCAAGAGUGCAGCUGACGUGGAGGGCCAACUCAAGGCUUCAAGCCGCAAGUUGGACAAGUUGCACUGGGAACUGCAGGAGCUCAACGCCAGGUCUAUGGCAACAGAGAAAGAUAGCACCGCAGGCUGCUGGGAGGAAGAAGACCACAACCAUUCAGCUGAGUUGUAUCAGUGGGAAGAGGUCCCAUCACCACUGGCCAGUCGAGUCAGAACCCUCAAGAAACAUCUCACCAUGGAGACCAAAGUCAAACAGGGUGCUGAGAACAUAAUCCAGACUUACACAAACAGUUCAGUUAAGGACAGGAAGAUGCUGUCUACAGCCCAGCAGAUGUUGCAGGACAGCCGCACGAAGAUUGAGCUGCUGCGCAUGCAGAUUAUAAAAGUUUGUCACGCCAGUGAUGAGGAACGGGAUGGCCCACAUGGUCACCCUGUGGAAAUGAUCAGUCCUCUGGAGCUGCGGGUGGCUGAACUCAUGCACCACAUGAAAAUUGAGUUGGCCGUAGCACAAGGUGCUAAAAAUGUGGUGAAGCAGCUGAGUGAGUGUAAGAUACAAGACCGCCGCAUACUUGCAGAGGCUCAGGCACGAAUGCAAGAGUCGUCUCAGAAGGUGGAUUUAUUACGUCUUUCCUUGGAGAGACGUUUGAGUGAGUUGCCUCAGGACCAUCCCAAGCAUACUGCCAUAAAAGAAGAACUAGUGUUGGGAACCUCCCCUUCCUAUUGCACACCAAAGAAGCAGUCCAACACUCCGUCCUCUUCCUACUCUUCCCCCUUUUUCAAACCAGCAAGUCUAACAGGUCGGUUAGAGGUAUGUUUAAAGGGUUGCCAAGACCUGUUGGAGUCAGUUCCGGGCCGUGGUCGUGCGACCAGUGUCUCGGCAACCCCUGGAAGCGUCUCGGAUGGAAAGUCUCUGAAGGUGAGAGCUGGCCUAUCAGGACGCAGUGCCAAUGGCAAGACAACCAAGGCUGAUGACUUGUCCUCGGAGAUGAGCGCUGUUCUGAAGGUGGACAACAGAAUAGUGGGGCGCACACACUGGAGACAGCUGGGUAAAGAGGCCUGGGGCCAGAGCUACAGCAUCGAACUGGAAAGGUCCAGGGAGCUCGAAAUUGCUGUCUAUUGGAGAGACUGGCGGGCAUUAUGUGGGGUGAAGUUCCUGCGGCUAGAGGACUUCCUGGAUAACCAGCGACAUGGCAUGUGUCUCCAGCUGGAGCCUCAGGGCAUCCUCUUCAUUGAGGUGAAAUUUAUUAAUCCUGUCAUUGAGCGCCGUUCCAAACUCCAGAGGCAAAGAAGAAUUUUCCCUAAAGAAAAAGGGAAGGACUUCUUGCGUGCUGCCCAGAUGAAUAUGAACUUUGCCACUUGGGGCCGUUUGAUGAUGAGCAUCCUGCCUCCCUGCAGCUCUCUGGGGCCCAUGAGCCCUCCAUUAGCAGGCCCUAACACUGGCCCCACAUCUUCUACCACUGGUCCAUCAUGUGAACCUGCUGCACUAAGUCUAAAUUUUGCUGAAGAACAACCUGGCAGAUCUCCAGAUCACACAAGAAAGAACACCAAAGACUCCCCACUGUCUCCUGAUGAAAACAAGAGCCCAAAGCCCAAGCGACAACCCUCAAUCCAUCAACGUCCACAGGAUGAAGGGCUACAGAUCGAAGACUUCAACUGUAUUUCAGUCCUGGGAAGAGGUCACUUUGGAAAGGUGCUGCUAGCAGAGUACAAGAAGUCAGGCAAACUUUAUGCCAUCAAAGCCCUGAAGAAAGGAGACAUUGUGACACGUGACGAAGUAGACAGCCUCAUGUGUGAAAAGAGGAUCUUUAACGUGAUCAACGCCUCUCAACAUCCUUUCCUGGUAAACCUGUAUGGCUGCUUCCAGACUGCAGACCACGUGUGCUUUGUGAUGGCCUACUCCCCAGGAGGAGACCUCAUGACACACAUUCACACCAGCAUCUUCACUGAGAAACAGGCCCGGUUUUAUUCAUCAUGUGUACUGCUGGGUCUGGAGUUUCUCCAUCAAAACCAAAUAGUUUACAGGGAUCUGAAGCUGGAUAAUCUGCUAAUGGAUGCAGAUGGUUUCAUCAGGAUAGCAGAUUUUGGCUUGUGCAAAGAAGGUAUGGGCCACGGGGAUCGAACCUCAACGUUCUGUGGCACACCAGAGUUUCUGGCUCCAGAGGUCCUGACAGACAAUAACUACACACGUAGCGUGGACUGGUGGGGGCUGGGGGUUCUCAUCUAUGAGAUGCUGGUGGGGGAGUCCCCCUUCCCAGGUGAUGAUGAGGAAGAGGUGUUUGACAGCAUCGUCAACGAUGAUGUGCACUACCCUCGCUUGCUUUCCCCUGAGUCUGUCUCUCUCAUUCAGAAGCUGCUGCAGAAAAAUCCGGAGACGCGACUGGGAGCGGGAGAGGAAGACGCCUCGGAGAUCAAAAGACACAGAUUCUUCCAGGGGAUGGACUGGGACGCUCUCCUGGCAAAAAAGGUGAAGCCACCAUUCUUGCCACUCAUCAGGACGCCGCAGGACAUCAGUAACUUCGACGAGGAGUUCACUCGCCUCAAGCCAGUCCUCACGCUCCCACGAACACCCUGCAUCCUCACUGCUGAGCAACAAGAAAUCUUUGCUGACUUUCACUUUUCUUUCAUGAGUUGACCAAAGGGAUCAUCCCCUCUGUACUGCCUCAUCAUUGUCAAAGGCGGCUUGUGUUUGUACCUACUUUUUAUUGGCUUCUGAUUCAACAAAGUUUAGAAACUAGUCUUGCCUUUUUCAUGUCCACACAGUUCCACAUUCCAAAACCACGUAAUUAUUGUGGCCUAUUUUCUGCACACUACAAAGUCCUUGAGAUGCUCAGUUCUCCAGUAAAAUUGGCCUGGUUUCUCCACUGCUACAUUUGGACACUCACUGGCUCUGAUUUCAUGAUGCAGCGUUUACUUUUUAACAUUUUUUGGCUUUCUCUCAAAUUGAUUUUGAGCUAAUUGUUCUGUGCUGACUGUUUGUCAUUUUGCUUGGGAUGGAUAUUAUGCCAGUUAUGUUCAGAAUGUCAGCACCGCCUGCUCAUUGCGAAGUACUACUCUGUAAAUAUUUGGGAUCUAAAUGAAGAAAAUUGACUGAAGGUCAAAGCAUUGAUUGUACCUUUUGCUACUUACUAUGGACAUUUUGUCCAUCUAUUGUUAACUAACCUAUUAUAUGUAAUUUGUAAUAUACUAGAAAUAGCCAAAUUGUUAAUUUAAGUGCUUUGAUAUAUUUCUCAGCCAAUACAACUGUUUGUAGUUGUACUUUUAAAAUAAUACUGUCAUGAAGAUUAUGCUUGUAUAGAACAAACCAGCCUGUAUGUAAAGUGUAAACUACAUGAAGGAAAUAUGAAUGAAUAAAUUUAGAUCUGCUGGACAUUGAAUGACCAGGAAACUCUUCAUGAAACAAUUAUUUAUUGAUGUAUACAGUAUUUUUCAAAGUAGUAUAAAACAUUGCAUGACAGUAUUGCAUAUAAUUCAGC